AUGUGUUCUCUUAGAGGGAUACGAAUAUUCCUUUCAUUCAUUCUAGUUCUUCUCAACAUUCCAACCAAUGUCCGAUGGGCAAAGAAUGGGAUAACCAUUGCUGGAGGCAAUGGUUCUGGAAAUGCACUUAAUCAACUCUGUCACCGUUACGGCCUAUGUGCGGAUGAAGAUCAAACGAUAAUUAUCGUUGACUAUCGAAAUCUUCGUAUUGUAGAAUGGAAGUUGGGCGCAACAAGUGGUCAGAUUGUAGCUGGUGGAAAUGGACUUGGAAUUCGAACUGAUCAGUUAAAUUUCCCAACAGAUGUGAUUAUCGACAAACAGACAGAUAGUCUCAUCAUCUGCGAUUACAAGAAUCGACGAGUAAUGCGAUGGUCUCGUCAAAAUGGCCAAACAAGUGGAGAAGUCAUCAUCGAAAACAUCUCCCGUGCCGGAAUGACCAUGGACGAUCAGAGAUUUCUUUAUAUCUCUGACAUGGAAAAAGAUGAAGUGAGACGGUACCGUAUGGGAGAUAUACAAAACAUAGUAGUGGUAGACGGAAAUGGAAAUGGUAAUCGUCUUAAUCAACUGAAUCUUCCAACUUAUCUCUUUGUCGAUCGAGACCAAUCUGUGUACGUCUCGGACACAUCGAAUCAUCGCGUAAUGAAAUGGAUAAAAUGUGGAACAGAAGGAAUUAUUGUAGCUGGUGGUGGAGGUCAAGGAAGUGGUCUGAUACAACUGAAUUGUCCUCAAGGAUUGUUCGUCGAUUCGAUGCAAACCCUCCAUGUAGCAGAUUGGGAGAAUCCUCGAGUGAUGCGCUGGUACAAGGAAAUGACACAAGGGGACGUCCUUGUUGGUGGAUAUGGUCGAGGAGGGUAA